AAUGUCGCACCGCCUGAAUAACAAACAAAAAUUAAAAUCACUUUUACAAGUGACUGCCACUGCCACUAUGUUUUAUGGUGGUUUUUGCAUUUACCAGGGCGAUGAGAAGUUUUAUAAUAGAUUUAUCAUGCCGCUUGCAAGGUUUGUGAAUCCUGAAGUUGCACACAAUACAGCAGUGAAGAUCUUGAAGUGGGGUCUUUUAUCUGCAAAAGAUACAAAUGAUCCAGCUUCCUUAACUGUUGAUGUUUGGGGUAUGAAAUUUAAGAAUCCCUUAGGAAUGGCAGCUGGUUUUGACAAACAAGGAGAAGCAAUAGAGGGUUUGCACAAAAUAGGAUUUAGCUUUGUAGAAAUAGGAUCAGUUACACCGAAACCUCAGGCUGGCAACUUAAGACCAAGAGUAUUCAGGUUGUCAGAAGACAAUGCAGUUGUUAACCGAUAUGGUUUCAAUAGCGAAGGUCAUGAAGUGGUUUGGGAACGCUUGCAAAAACUAAAGAAGAAUCAGAACUUUGAUGGUAUUGUUGGAGUUAAUUUAGGUAAAAAUAAAACAUCGGACAACGCUGCACAAGAUUAUAUAGAUGGAAUAAAGAAAUUCGCAGAUGUGGCAGAUUACUUUGUAAUUAACAUAUCUAGUCCUAAUACUCCUGGAUUAAGAACGUUGCAGAAUAAAAAGGAGUUGGAAGACUUGUUAAUAAAAAUAAACAAUGUCAGACAAUCCAUACAAUGCAAACAACCAUUGCUGUUGAAGCUGGCUCCAGAUUUAUCUGAUUCUGAGAAACAGGAUAUCGCGGAUGUAAUACUUCAACAAACAUCGAGUGUGGAUGGCCUGAUAUUGUGUAAUACUACAGUUACACGAAAUAAUUUAGUGAGUCCUCUUAAAGAGGAAACUGGAGGGCUUAGUGGAGCUCCUUUGGCUGACAUGUCCACAGCAAUGAUCUCGGAUAUGUACAAACGAACGAAAGGUACCAUUCCUAUUAUUGGAGUUGGUGGAAUAUUUACUGGAGAGGAUGCUUAUAAGAAAAUCAAAGCUGGCGCUUCUUUGGUACAAGUCUAUACGUCGUUCACGUACCGAGGGCCACCAGUUAUUGGAAAAAUUAAACGAGAAUUGGAUGAUAUUCUCAAAAAAGACGGCCUACAGUCUAUUAAAGAUGCAAUUGGAAAAGAUGCGAAUGUUAGAUGAAUAAUUUAACUUUGUAACUUGUUAGUUUUGUAAUGUUAGAUUAGUAUAUUAAAAAUAUGUAUAUUUUAUGCAAACAAUAUUAUUUUUUUAAUGUUUAAUUGUUACAGUUCCUAUUUUAAAAAUCAUGUAUAUCCUGAUACAUGAUAUUGACAAUAAAACAACGUCUAUGAUACACGGCAUGCAAUCUUUUCUUAUCGAUUCUUUAUGUAACAUUUAUUUAAGUAACCGAGUUAUACAAACAUUUUCAUUUUAAUUCAUUUUUUUUUUUUUGUACAAUUAUUUAGUACAUCUAUUUAAAAGCAUUAAAAUACGUCUGUUGUACCUGAUACGUUACAA